CAUCCUAACACACAAUUUGGAUUUUACUGUCUUGGUGUUUUAUCAUCUGACGGUUAUUGUAAACCAUUUGAUCAGGACGGUACUGGGUAUAUGCGUAGUGACACGACUGCCGUAAUAUAUCUGCAAAAAGCAAAGGAUGCAAGACGAAGAUAUGCAACCUUGGUACACAGUAAAAACAAUUGCGACGGCUUUACACAAGAAGGUAUUACUUAUCCGUCGACUGAAAAACAAACACUAUUGUUGAAAGAAUUUUAUGAGGAAUGCGGCAUUUCACCCGCUGAAUUAUCUUAUAUGGAGGCACAUGCAACUGGCACCAUAGUCGGUGAUCCCGUAGAAGUCACCGCCAUUGAUCAAGCUUUAUGCUCUAAAAGAGAAGCUACUCUAUUAAUGGGCUCGGUAAAAUCAAACCUUGGACAUUCUGAAGGAGCUAGUGGUUUUUGCCAAAUUGCAAAGGUAUUGUUGGCGAUGGAAAGUGGUAUAAUUACACCUACUAUACAUUUUAAACAACCACGAAAAAAUCUGACGGCCAUUCUCGAAGGAAGAAUAAAGGUUGUCACUGAAUUAACCAAAUGGAAAGGUGGUUAUGUUGGUAUUAAUUCCUUUGGAUUUGGCGGUGGCAAUUGCCAUAUAUUACUGAAGUCAAAUCCUAAACAAAAAGUUAAUAAUGGAGCGCCGAACGAUGACUUACCUAGACUUGUAAUCGUGUCAGGACGCACGGAAGAAGCGGUUAAAGUCAUUUUAGAUGAUGUACGAUGUCGACCUAUAGAUGCAGAGUAUAUAACACUACUGCAUCACAUUCAUAGCCAUGUUGUUAACGAAAAGAAUUUAUUUCCGGCAGCAGGAUAUCUUUACUUUAUCUGGCAAAUGAUUGCAUCGUUAAAAAAACAAGAAUAUCUCAGUACACCAGUUGUAUUUGAAGACGUUAACUUCAUUCGUGCUGUGGUGCUAUCACAACAAAAUGAAACCAACCUAACUCUAGUGAUCCAAGAAGGUAGUAAUAGAUUUGAAAUAAUUGAAGGAGAUAAUACAGUUGUUACCGGAAUAGUACGAAUUGCGACCAACAUUGAAGAUGAAAAAAUAUCUGUUGAUCAUUUCGCUGAAUGUGUUAAUGAAAAAGAAGAAAUGACUACAAAAGAUAUCUACAAGGAACUGAAGCUUCGCGGUUAUCAAUACACUGGCAUAUUUCGUGGAUUAAUAAGCGCAUCGACUAUGGGAUUAAACGGUCACAUUGCUUGGGCAUGUAAUUGGGUGACAUUUAUGGAUAGUAUGUUACAGAUAAUGAUUUUAGGACAAAAUUCAAGGAAUCUGUUGGUUCCAACAAGAAUCCGGAAAUUGAUAAUCGACCCGAAAUAUCACAUACAGUUGAUUGAAAAUUGUCCAAUUGAAGAAAGGC